GGGCUUUGGAAGAAAAAUUUGCGAUAGGGGCAUAUAGAUCAGCUGAAAGGUCAGAAGGCAAUAUUGUUAUCACUGUGUACAAUAGAAUGUGUGAAGAUAUAGAAAGAUUUAUUAAGAAACGGAUCAUUGAUCUUGAGGCUGAAAACACGAAGUUAAAUAAUAUAAUAAAAGAAAGCAUUAGACGUGAAGCUGAGCAUGCGAAACUUAAAAAAGAUACUACUAACCUCAAGGCGGAAAAUGCCGAACUUAAAGCUGAAGUAACAAAAUUAAGACAUGAUAUUGAGGAAAUCAAAAAGAAAGAUCAAACUGUUACUGAUACACAGGAUGCAUCUUCUACAGAAGAUAUUUCUAACAACGCUUCAAAUUCUAAUGAAUCCAAAUAUUCUGAUGAAUACAAACCUAUCCACACAGAGUUUAAAUAA